AUGCCAAGUGCUAAUGAAGCGGAGACCAUCCGCAUCCUUGUUUCUACCGACAACCAUGUCGGAUACAAUGAACGAGAUCCCAUUAGGGGAGAUGACAGCUGGAAAAGCUUCCAUGAAGUCAUGUGUCUAGCGAAAGAACAUGAUGUGGACAUGGUAUUACUUGCGGGAGAUCUCUUUCAUGAGAAUAAGCCUUCGCGCAAGUCCAUGUAUCAGGUGAUGCGUUCCAUCCGAAUGAACUGCUUCGGUGACAAGCCGUGCGAGUUGGAGAUGCUCAGCGAUGCAAGCGAAACCUUCCGAGGAGCCUUCAACCAUGUCAACUACGAAGACCUAGAUAUGAAUAUUGCGAUCCCAAUUUUCUCUAUCCACGGCAACCAUGACGACCCUUCAGGCGAAGGCCAUCUCGCCGCUCUGGAUCUACUACAGGUCUCUGGCCUAUUGAACUACUACGGGCGAACCCCGGAGUCAGAUAAUAUCGAAAUCAAGCCUGUGCUGCUUCAGAAAGGCCAAACGAAAUUGGCCCUGUACGGAAUGAGCAACGUUCGAGAUGAACGCUUGUUUCGCACCUUUCGAGACGGCAAAGUCAAGUUCUAUCAGCCAUCCGUUCAUAAGGAUGAUUGGUUCAACUUGAUGUCCGUCCAUCAAAAUCAUCACGCAUACACUGAGACUGGAUAUUUGCCUGAGAACUUCUUGCCCGAGUUCAUGGAUCUGGUGGUUUGGGGACACGAACACGAGUGUUUGAUUGACCCGAAAUUGAACCCUAUCACCAAAUUCCACGUUAUGCAACCUGGAUCAUCGGUCGCAACGUCACUAGUCCCGGGUGAGGCCGUUCCAAAACGGGUGUCGAUCGUGAGUAUUACGGGUCGAGAUUUCAAGUGCGAACCGAUUCGCUUGAAAACGGUUCGCCCCUUCGUGAUGCGCGAAAUCGUGCUAUCCGAACAAAAGGAGGCACAAAAGUUUGCUCGGAAGGAGAACAACCGAACGGAGGUGACCCGUUUCCUCAUGUCAAUCGUUGAGGAAUUGAUAGAAGAAGCGAAUGCAGAGUGGCGAGAAACCAAUGGUGUAUUGGACGAUGACGAGGAUGAUGAAGUGUUGGAAGCUCCUUUACCUCUUGUUCGCCUUCGUGUCGAGAUUUCCACCGCUGAAGGUGGCAGCUUUGACUGUGAAAACCCACAGCGAUUUUCAAAUCGAUUUGUCGGAAAGGUGGCCAAUGUCAAUGAUGUCGUGCAAUUUCAUCGGAAAAAAAAAACCGGGACUUCUUCACGAAAGACCGAUCAGAGUUCCGAUGAUGCGGCUACUUCGCAUCUGGCUGCCCUGGAUACUGUUAAGGUGGAGCAACUAGUAAAAGAGUUUCUCGCAUCACAAUCCCUGAGCAUUCUUCCUCAGAAUUCCUUUGGGGACGCGGUAACGCAAUUCAUUGAUAAAGAUGACAAGCAUGCAAUGGAAAUGUUUGUCAAUGAAUCGCUGGAGAGUCAGGUCAAGCACCUGAUGAAUCUCGAUCGCGACGAAGAUGAUCUAGGUGAUGAAGAGAGAGCUCAAAGCUCCCUUGUGACUGCGAUGGAGAAGUAUCGUGGGCAGAUGGAAGAUCUAUUUAAUAAAGGUGUCAAGAAACGCACGCGCGGGAAGAAACGCUUCAAGCCAAGACCGGAUGGAUGGGAUUCUGAAUUUGAUGGCGAGUGGGAGGAUCAACCGGGUGCUCUCAUUCAUUCUGAUAAUGAGGGUGGCGAUCCAGCUGAGGAAGAAGCUGGAGGGGAUGACGGCUCCGCGCCAGGACGAAGUCGCACUGCAGGUGGCACCACGCGUGGCCGAGGUCGUGGUCGCGGUACCGGUCGUGAGGCGGCUCCCACUUCCCGAACAGCAAAAGCUCCCUCUACGACAAAGGGGCGAAAGAAGCAAGCUGCUUCGGACGAGGAAUCAGACGAUGUCAUCAUGCUGGAUGACGACGACGACGACUCCCAGGCUUUGUUCGUCAAACAACCGCGUAAAACAGCAGCUUCGAGGGGACGUAAGGCUGUCGCAACGACCACCACUCGGAGUCGAGUUGGACGCACUACAGCAUCACCAGCCCCGUCGUCGACGACUGUGGUUGGAACUGCUACACACCGAACAGCUGCCCGAGGCACGAAACCAACACAGACUACUUUGAGUUUCGCUGGCUCCCAAGCCAGUGCCAGUGCCACUCGUUCAUCACGACCUAGUCGAUCGACUCGUAAUACGAGCGUGAUAAGCGAUGGCAUUGAUGAUGAUGACGAUGAUGAUGAUGCUUUUGAGCCAAUGGCUAGUUCUAGUUCGAGACGUCGGCGCUGA